AUGGCGAUCGGUCAGCCCAGAACCCUGCCAGAAAGACAACGAGCUAUCAAAGUACUCAAUGACAACUCCAUUGCCUUGCAAGAGGAUGUACCUUUACCACCACUGAACGACGAAGACGUCCUUGUUCGAGUGCAUUGUGUAGCACUCAACCCUUUCGAUUGGAAGUCAUUGGAUCUGUCUCCAGCUCCGGGUUCCACGUUUGGGUGUGAUGUGGCAGGGGAAGUCAUCGCAGUUGGGACAAGCUGUCGUCACAGCGUAAAGGUUGGCGAUCGAGUGUUUGGUCCUGUCAAAGGUAACACCUCAGGUAAUCCAGAGAAUGGAGGCUUUGCUGAGUACGCCACUAUCCGCGAUGUCGUCCUUUGGAAGAUCCCAGACGGUAUGAGGUUCGAGCAUGCAGCAACGCUUGGCAUGUCAUUGAUGACUGUCGGUCUCGGGCUCCACUAUAUGCUCAAGGUUCCGUUGCCUUUAGAGUCCUCAUCGAGCGAUAUUGAAGGACGGCAUAUCUUCAUCUAUGGGGCUGGAACAGCGACAGGAACCUUGGCAGUCCAGUGUGCUGCACUUUCUGGGUUGCGACCCAUUGUAGCAUGCUCGCCACGCCAUUUUGACCGGAUGAAGUCGCUUGGGGCGGUCGCGUGCUUCGACUAUCAUGUUGCUACAGUUGGAGACGAAGUCCGGGACUUCACCAAAGGCGGGCUCAGAGAAGCUCUAGAUUGCAUCACCGAUAGCGCGAGCAUGAAUAUAUGCUACAGCGCACUGGGUGAUCAAGGCGGGCGGUAUGUCGGACUGGACCAGUUUCCCAUACGCUCACACACAAGACGAGACGUGUAUCCGGAGUGGAUCGUGGCGUGGACUGUCAGCGGGGAGGCCAUCCAAUGGAAGCGACCAUACGCAAGAACCGCAAAGCCCAAGCACAAGGCGUUUGGUCAGAAGUGGAAUCCUGAAGCCCAGAAGUUACUGGACUCUGGCCGACUCCAGACUCAUCCCAUCGAUCUGCGGAGUGGAGGCCUUGCAGCCAUUCCCGAUGGUAUCGCGAUGCUGCGUAAAGGAUUGACGGAUGGGAAGAAGCUGGUAUACUCGAUCAUUUAG